AUGAUGCUGCAGCGCAACGACAUGGGCAUCCCCAACAUCACCCCCUCCCAGAGGACUCUACAGGCUCAAAUGGCCCCCGGGGGACCCAAGGACCCCACACACAUCUCCAUGCGCUCCAAGUCAGCAGCCCCUGGUCACUCCCCCCACCAGCAGCAGAUGUACAGCCAUGCCCACGGGGCCCCCCAGACAGUCACCAUGCAGGCCCCCUCGUCCCGGACGCUGGCAGCCGUGCCCAGGGGCAUGAAAUUGGGCACGGUCAACAUCAUGCCGGCCCCCUACAACCGCGCUGUGAACAUGCCCGCCGCCGCCGCCGCCAUCAACCACGCCAUGAACGGCUACCGCGUCACCACCCAGAGCGCCGCCAUGAUGGCGGCCAACGGUGGUUACCACGGCAACGGUCAUCAGAUGGCUGCGGCCUACAUGAACCAGUCACCCGGGGCCCAGUACGCCUCUAUGCAGAUUGGCAUGAUGGGAACACAGCCAUACACCCAGCAACCCAUGCAGGCUCCGCCCCACGGCAAUAUGAUGUACUCUUCAGGUGGUCACCAUGGAUACAUGACCAACACCGGACCCCUGUCCAAGCAGACACUCAAAGGGCCUUUCAUCAGACGGUAA